CUUUUGUUUGUUCAUUUGCAGGCUGUGGGUUACAGUUUAAUGCCCAACAACAAAGAUGAAGAUGGCCUCGUGGUCUUGGUCUUUAACAGAAAAGAAACAGAUAUUCGAAGCCAGCAGCAGCAGCUUGUAGAAUCACUACACAAAAUUCUGGGAGGAAACCAGACCCUCACUGUCAACGUAGAAGGUGUUAAAACGAUGCCAGAUGACCAGACAGAGGUGAUCAUUUAUGUUGUUGAGCGCUCGCCCAACGGCACUUCGAGGAGAGUUCCCGCAACGACCCUCUACGCCCACUUUGAACAAGCCAACAUAAAAUCAUCCCUGCAGCAGCUGGGGGUCAGCCUCUCCAUGGCCAGAACAGAGCUGUCCCCGGCACAAGUCAAACAGCUCCUGCAGAACCCUCCUGCCGGUGUUGAUCCUAUUAUAUGGGAACAAGCCAAAGUAGAUAAUCCUGAUCCUGACAAGCUUAUUCCUGUGCCAAUGGUGGGUUUCAAGGAACUACUGAGAAGAUUGAAGGUCCAAGAUCAGAUGACCAAACAGCAUCAAACUCGAUUAGAUAUAAUAUCAGAAGAUAUCAGUGAGCUGCAGAAAAACCAAACAACCACCAUGGCAAAAAUUGCACAGUACAAAAGGAAACUGAUGGCGCUUUCUCACAGAACGUUACAGGUGUUAAUAAAGCAGGAGAUCCAAAGGAAAAGCGGUUAUGCCAUUCAAGCAGACGAAGAGCAGCUUCGUGUACAGUUAGAUACAAUUCAGUGUGAACUUAACGCACCUACGCAGUUCAAGGGCAGACUGAAUGAGCUCAUGUCCCAAAUUAGGAUGCAAAACCACUUUGGAGCGGUGCGGGCAGAAGAGCGCUAUUACAUAGAUGCAGAUCUCUUAAGGGAAAUCAAGCAACAUCUGAAGCAGCAGCAAGAAGGCCUGAGUCACCUGAUUAGCAUUAUAAAGGAUGACUUGGAGGACAUCAAACUUAUAGAACAUGGGCUGAACGAGAGCAUUCCCAUCAGAGGAGGAGUCUUCAGUUGACGUGGUGGAUGCUGCUGGGCUUACACAGAACCUGUUAUUUGAGUUCAUGGUUCACCUUCCAAGGCUAAAACUGUUGAGGUAAAAUAAAACACGUAUCUUCUAGGAGCAAUGGUAUUUUGGCUAUUACCUUUAGAAUUAGUAAAGCCUCUUCUAAGCUUUUGAACUUGACCUUUGGAAGGUUUAUAUUUUAUAAAGCUGUAUAUGCUUUAAUAAAAGAAGGAAAACUGAAUCUGUUCAGAUGCUAUUUACUAUAAAACUAUAUGUACUAUUGUACAUUUUUUCUUUUUUCUUUUUUUUUUCCUUUUGUACAACAGCAUUGUCUGAGAAGUGCAGUGCUGAAGAAAUUGUUCCACUUGUGACUUGGUUUGUGGAAAGCUUAGCCAGCUUCCAUGUUUUUGUCAAAACAAUCAAGUAACAUCAUUAUGUAAACAGCUAAUUUAAAUCAUUACAGUUAUGUAUGUUGCUGUAACUGUGUCGGUCUCUGCAAUACUGGUAGUUUACUGGGGCAAGCUGCAAGAAGUUGGUGUUUCCAGUUUCUGUUCUUCCUUUGGACUGCAAGGAUCUGAAGGUUAUGUUUUUAUUACUUUACGUAUAUAAAUUAUACAAAGCUUUGCUGCCCCUUAAAUAACAACAGAAUGUCUAGACAUUGUCUUCUGCCUUUUUUUAAUUGCCAGAGAAUAAUAAAUUCAGUCUGACUUUGUAA